UGAAAGUACAAAGUAGGUCAAUAAUUGUGGAUUUUUUUCGCAUUAUUACGUGUGGAAUCAUAUGUUGCUAAGUCCGGGAGCUACCCAGUGAUAAUCGCGCACAACCCGAGUGUGUAACCCGCCGCUCCCGGUGGCCGUACACCGCCCAACACCGCCGUAAUUCACUUAAACAAACGCAAAGCACAGGCGAAAAUCACCUGCGACGUUCUCAUCUGCUGGGACAUAACCUCAACACGAGUGACUGACACGAACAGCCACCUAGAGCAGCGCAACACCUCCAGGAGGCGAUGGAGUGAAGCCCAGCAUUGCGAUGGCCGAUAAACUGCGCUUGGGGCCCGAGGUGCGCGAGCUGAAGAUCGGGCAGAGCUUCACCAAUAAUAAAUCGGGCGCUUUUCACGCCGUCAGAUAUGAUUUUAAGCCUGCUUCGGUGGAUAUAAACAAAAUUGCAACUGUUGAUAUCGGCACAAGCAAUCAGGUGACUGUGAAUGUGCCCCAUCUGGAUGGGGCGGGUGUUCCGGCGACGGUGUUCAAAGGCUCGCAUCGCCCGUUCACGAAAGAAUGCGUCCUCAUUAUUGACAGAGUCACUGGGGAGAUUACUCUAGAGAAAUUGUCUAGUAACAUUCAAUUGAAGAAGACUAGGAGUGAAACGACACGACCACCGCUUCCACAAGAUCGUGGUGAUAGAAGUACAACUUCCAACACAUCCACAUCAUCCACAGCUCCGCCCACGAAUGUCCUCACAUCAGCACGCCCCCAAACCCCGCCCAUCGGCCAGCGCCAAUCCAACAAAACGCGCGUGACAUCCGGCUCACGCCGCCCAGAUCGAGCCAUAACCCAACUUCCAAACCCAACAAAACACUCACCGCAUCGCGCCUCGCCCAACUACUCCUCACCGGCGCACAAAUCCCCGAAACGGGAACGCCCUCAAAACGGCGAAGCCUCCCUACCGAUGAUCGGCAUCGACGACUUCCCCGAAGAAGCCCCACAUGACGCUACACCUAAUCCACCACCAAGUAGCAUCAACGACAGUUGGAAACCGCCACCACAACCAGCGCCACCUAAACAAUCAACACUGGUAAACAAAUCGAACCUCUCCAGCCAAUCGGACUCCGAGAAUUCCGUGCGUGAUAUGUCCGACUCGUCAUCCAGUUCGUCGUCGAGCGACUCCGACUCGGAUCACGACGAUAACGGGAAAUCCACCACGCGGACGAAUGCUUCCAAUGGACACGCUGGUCUGUCUGCGAACAUGAACCUGAUUGGUAAUGGCGGCGCUGCGAGCGGUGCGGGAACAACCGGAAGCGGUGUGAAUGGCAACGGGGCGAAGCUGCCAUCGCUGCCGACGAUCCUCAACGAUGACCUGCAGCUCUCCGACUCGGACUACGACGACGACGACUGAUUUUACACUGGACCUGCUCAUCUACUAUAACCACCACCUGCUUAACCUUGAAGGAAAUUCUUAUACUUAAGUUAUUGAACGCAGAGAACAUUUUGAGGUUAUACACUUUGGGGUUUAUAUAAAUCUAAACAAAGAAACAAAAAACUUAUCUUAGUCUAGUGUAGAGGUUUUUAAUCUUUUCUAUCAAGAGAUGGCCGCCUCGUGAGUUUUCCCCCCGGUUGUGUGCUUGUUUAAAUGCUGACUUGCUCUAAGUCUAGUGGAUGUGUGCGUUAUGUAGGCAACACACAUCACACUCAAUUACUGUACAUUUUGUACCUACAUGAUAAAUAUGCGAAUUGUAAAUGAAACGUG